AUGCGACUGUUGCAGUGGAAUCCUUUCGACAACGGCUACGAUGUUAUGCUGCACAGCCAGGUUGCGUACGACGGUUUGCUAAUGACUUGCAAGGCCAAGGCAGAGUCUGUUCCAUUUUCCCUUUUCAAGGUGGAGCCUUUGGGACAGAGGAAUGUGUGGGUCGUCACGGUGCACAUGUACAACCCGUAUGUGAGCGACGCAGCAGUGGCUAUUUUUCUGGGAAGGUAUGGGAAGGUGGACAAACCGGUGAAAUACCUGAGGACAAUUACGUGUCGCUCUUUUGGACAUUUGGCGGCUGGCUGCACGCUGAUCCGGAACUGUGGAGGGGAGGGACAUGGAGCAACCUCAUGCAGUGCACCAAAAACCUGCAAUGGGUAUGGAAAAACAGGCCACCUUUUUCGGGUCUGCCCUUCUAGUGGCCGCACGUAUGCAGCUGUGGCAGGGGAGAGUCUGGGCCCAAACCUGGGACCUUUGGUGGAGGAACUGCAGGAGGUCCAGGGGGUGGAGGGUGACUUCCCAGCAGGAAGGCUGCUGAAGCUGAUCCAGGGUCCUGGGCGGACUGGGAGAGGAGUUCGGACAGUGGGGAGUCAGCCGGGGCUGUUACUGGAGGGGCGAGGAGGAGAAGGACGUCCUCAGGAGGGGAUCAGCCAGAACUGUCGCCAGAGCCUGGUCAGCCAGGGCAGGAGGAUAAAGUGGAUGCGGGCCGGACAACAUGCAGAGGCUCAACCCAAUGGGGCCCCUUUGUUGCUGUCGGGCCGCUAUGACAUCCUCACCGGGGAUUCGGGAGAAGGGGAGUCCAGUGGACCGGUGGCUGUAAAGGCUGGUCCUGUGGAGGGCUCCAACAUG